GUCUUCAGAGAUGUCCAACAACAACAACAACCAGGAGGAGAAGGAGGAGAAGGAGGAGGACACGGAGGAGAAGGGAGAGGAGGUCAUGGUGAAAAUCCCACCACCUCCACCUCCUCCAGAGAUCAACGGGAAGGGUCCGGCCGAGGACGCCAAGCCGGCGCCCAAACCUCUGCCCAACGGGCACCAAUGCCAGGUUAUGAACCGCAGCAUUUUUCCUCUCUCCGCAGUCUCACCAGCGGCCGAGAGGAUCCGCUUCAUCCUCGGGGAGGAGGACGAUGGACCGGCUCCCCCGCAGCUCUUCACCGAGCUGGACGAGCUGCUGUCAGUGGACGGACAGGAGAUGGAGUGGAAGGAGACGGCCAGGUGGAUCAAGUUUGAGGAGAAGGUGGAGAAAGGUGGAGAGCGGUGGAGUAAACCUCACGUGGCCACGCUGUCCUUACACAGUCUGUUUGAACUGAGAACGUGCAUCGAGAAAGGCACCAUCAUGCUGGACAUGGAAGCUUCCACUCUGCCUCAGGUUGUUGAGCUGAUCACCGACAACCAGAUCGAGAUCGGGCAGCUGAAGGCCGAGCUGAAGGACAAAGUCAUGUACACGUUGCUACGGAAACAUCGCCACCAGACCAAGAAGUCCAACCUGCGCUCGCUGGCUGACAUCGGAAAGACGGUCUCCAGUGCAAGUAGGCUGUUUUCCAACCCGGAGAACGACAGUCCCACCACGACGCACCGGAACCUGGCGUCCAGCAGCCUGAACGACAUCUCCGACAAACCGGAGAAAGAUCAGCUGAGGAACAAGUUUAUGAAGAAGUUGCCGAGAGACGCCGAGGCCUCCAACGUGCUGGUGGGGGAGGUGGACUUCCUGGACGCUCCGUUUGUGGCGUUUGUUCGUCUGCAGCAGGCCGUGAUGCUGGGAGCCUUAACGGAGGUUCCUGUUCCCACGAGGUUUUUGUUCAUCUUGCUCGGACCCAAAGGCAAAGCAAAGUCGUACCAUGAGAUCGGCAGAGCGAUCGCCACGCUGAUGUCAGAUGAGGUCUUUCACGACAUUGCGUACAAGGCUAAGGACAGACAGGACCUGCUGGCCGGUAUCGACGAGUUCCUGGACGAAGUGAUCGUGCUUCCUCCCGGGGAGUGGGACCCGACCAUCAGGAUAGAGCCGCCAAAGUCCCUCCCCUCCUCGGACAAAAGGAAAAACAUGUACGCAGGAGGAGACUCUCAGAUGAACGGAGACAUGCCUCACGACGGAGGUCACGGAGGAGGGGGACACGCCGUGGGGGAGGAGCUGCAGAAAACUGGAAGGUUUUGCGGAGGUCUCUUACUGGACAUCAAAAGAAAAGCGCCUUUCUUCGUCAGUGACUUCACCGACGCAUUUCACAUUCAGGCCCUGUCGGCCAUUUUGUUUAUUUACCUGGGAACUGUGACCAACGCCAUCACCUUCGGGGGUCUGCUGGGGGACGCCACGGACAACAUGCAGGGCGUGUUGGAGAGUUUUCUGGGGACGGCGAUCUCUGGUGGCGUCUUCUGUCUGCUCGCCGGUCAGCCGCUCACCAUCCUCAGCAGCACGGGGCCUGUUCUGGUGUUUGAACGGCUGCUCUUCAACUUCAGCAGAGAUAAUGACUUUGACUACCUGGAGUUCCGGCUGUGGAUCGGUCUGUGGUCGGCGUUCUUCUGCCUGGUGCUCGUGGCGACCGACGCCAGCUUCCUGGUUCAGUACUUCACCCGGUUCACGGAGGAGGGCUUCUCCUGCCUCAUCAGCUUCAUCUUCAUCUACGACGCCUUCAAGAAGAUGCUCAAGCUCUCUCACCACUACCCCAUCAACGCUGACUUCAGGUCGGAGUACGUCACGCAGUACGACUGCCUCUGCAUGGCCCCCGCUGUUCUGGUGAACAGUUCAGACGCCAUCGAUGAUCCUUUAGACCAGAACUGGAACAACACGGAUCUGCCUAUGAACGCCACGUGGUCGUCCCUCACAAAGACGGAGUGCUUGAAGUACGGCGGGGAGCUGGUGGGGAAAUCUUGCGAGUUCGUCCCCGACAUCGCCCUCAUGUCCUUCAUCCUGUUCUUUGGCACCUACACCUGCUCCAUGUGUCUGAAGAAGUUCAAGACCAGCCCCUUCUUCCCCACCACCGUGAGGAAGCUCAUCAGUGACUUUGCCAUCAUUCUGGCCAUCCUCAUCUUCUGCGGGGUCGACGCACUCGUCGGAGUCGAUACUCCGAAACUCAUCGUGCCAACUGAAUUCAAGCCCACGAGUCCCAACCGGGGCUGGUUUGUUCCCCCGUUCGGAGGAAACCCCUGGUGGGUUUACCUGGCCUCGGCUCUCCCCGCCCUGCUGGUCACCAUCCUGAUCUUCAUGGACCAACAGAUUACUGCAGUGAUCGUCAACAGGAAGGAGCACAAGCUGAACAAAGGGGCCGGCUAUCACCUGGAUCUGUUCUUGGUGGGGGUCCUGAUGGUGAUUUGCUCCUUCAUGGGUCUGCCGUGGUACGUGGCCGCCACCGUCAUCUCCAUCGCUCACAUCGACAGUCUGAAGAUGGAGACGGAGACGUCGGCCCCUGGAGAGCAGCCCAAGUUCCUGGGUGUGAGAGAGCAGAGGGUCACUGGCGUGUGCGUGUUCAUACUGACGGGCCUGUCCGUGUUCAUGUCUCCGAUUUUAAAGUUCAUCCCCAUGCCUGUGUUAUACGGAGUCUUCCUGUACAUGGGAGUCGCUUCUCUGAAUGGAGUCCAGUUCAUGGAUCGUCUCAAGCUGCUCCUGAUGCCAGCGAAGCACCAGCCCGACCUGGUCUACCUGCGACACGUCCCCCUCAGGAAGGUCCACCUCUUCACCUUCAUUCAGGUGCUCUGCUUGGCUCUGCUCUGGAUCCUCAAGUCCACCGUGGCCGCCAUCAUCUUCCCCGUCAUGAUCCUCGCUCUGGUCGCCGUCAGGAAAGCGAUGGACUACAUGUUCUCGCAGCACGACCUCAGCUUCCUGGACGACGUCAUCCCAGAGAAGGACAAGAAGAAGAAAGAGGACGAGAAGAAGAAGAAACGCAGCAGCAUCGACAGCGACGCUGAAGACUCCGACUAUCCUUACACUGAGAACGUUCCCAGCAUUAAAAUCCCCAUGGACAUGAUGGAGCAGGAGCCGUUCUUAGGUGAUAAGGCCUCUGACAGAGAGAAGUCUCCAUCAUUCCUUGAACGCCACACAUCGUGCUGAGCAGCUUCGCUAUUACCAGGCCAACUGCCUGUCCAGCCCUGAGAUGACUCCUCUGAAGUCUGUGCCUCAGAUUAGAAUCGAAAUGGACCCAGACGAUGAUAAUUCUUUCUACUGGAGGAGCAGAGGAUCUGAAACGUCUCUGUAGAGACCGAACCACUCAACCAGCGCCGGAGCACAACUCUGUCUCUAACCGACUCUUUCUUUCUCACUCACACGCUCCUCCUCCAUCAUUUCACCGAACAGGAAACAGAUGCAGUAGAAUAAGAUUUCUCUCUCCUCGCAGCUUCACAUUCUGAUGAAUCUAACUCUUCACUUCUCUUCUAUGCAAUUCCCUCACGUACCGCUGAUCGACGCUGCAGCUCUGAACUCGCAUGGAGCGCCCCCCCCCCUGCUCUUUUUAUAUAUAAGUAUACAUAAAUAUCAUCGUCUGAAUUUUUAUAUUCAUUGAAUUACUCUUAAUAACAUUUUCCUGUAGCAGGAAAAUUAUGUUUUUAUAGCUCUACCUCUUGUUUUAGAUUCAGUGCUUCUGAUGAACCGAGAUCAACCUGUUGAUUCUUGAUGCAGCGCGGAGGUUUGGACAUUUUCCCAGAUUUGAGAUGAUCGGAGAGACUCUCCGUUUCACAGCUUGUGAAGGAAACGUGUGCAAAUAGAAACUUUAAGUCGAUUAACGGUGAAUUAACAGUGCGUAUGUGUACGCGCAGAUGAAGGAUAUUUUUAUCAUCACUUUUUGAUGCAGUUUCGAUCGCUUUACUUUCUCUAAUUUUCUUUUCUUUCACGUGUUCUCUUCAAAGCUUUUGUUACUCGUUUAAAUUAAAUCGAACUUGGAUCUGUUUUUUAAUGAUUGUGUUGCGUGUGUGUGUCGGUAACCUUUUCUAAUGUCGUUCCAUUGUUUUUCUUUUGCUGGUAGAAAGCAGUUCAGCUAAUCGUCCGGUUUUCCUCGGCCAAACUUAAACUCUGACUAGGUGCAUAUCAUGUACUUGCUUGUGCUUUACCUAAGUGGCUUAUACGAGAUUGAUCCAGACUGGAAGUGACGUGGCGAUGAUUUGAUAAAAGAAGGGACUCACGUCGACGUAAGCUCCGUGUGGCGGAGCGGUUUUUUUCUUUUCGUCUCAGCUGCUGUUGGAAAUAUCUGAUGUGAAAAUGGAAAAACUUGCUUCUCCUUGUUUUAUAUAUUUAAAAUGGACAAAUUUGAAUUUUAUGGCGUCUGUCUUUACAACACACCUACAGGCCCGUACGCACAUUGAGGGGGCGUUGGCUCCAGAUGUUUGCGGUGCAGGAGACACAGUUUUGAUUUUAUCUUGAAGCAGAUCGUCGGUGUGUGUGUGUGUCGGCCGAAAUAACAAUAUGAACUUUAUCUGAGGUUAUUUAGUGCAGGUGCCUCUGUUUGUUUGUCCACUAGAGGGCACUGAUGGCUCAUUUUUAAACUGUAAAUUUCAGCCGCAGCUAAAACGAGACUUAAUCAGUCUUUACUUUGAAUUAAGUUUCUUAGUCCUGAAUUUAAUUCUUUAGAUUUAAACUUUGAUGAGAUUAAUAUAAAUCCAGAAAACGUAUAAGUGAUUUAUCUGUAACUUGGAUUCAGGUCUCGGUCACGAGUCCUGAUCCAGUUCAGAGUAAAUAAACCUGUGUCUGUGUGAUUUCAACUGGGGUUUUAGGGAAAACUGGGGAUGAAUACUACACUACCCACAAUCCUCAGGUGUAAUGGUGACGGCUGUGAUUGGUGGAGCUUCCUGUUACCACAAGGAUGUUGAGCACAACCGCCAAAAUCACGUUGGGUCCGAUUGGAUCGUCCAGCGUGACAUUACGUUUACCACAGAGGCAAAGAGGAAGGAGGUCACAAUGGUUCAUGGGAUGUGUAGUUCCUUCACUCUGAAUUAUUACAGUCUUGUACUUUUGCCUUUUUUUCCGUCGCCCAACAUUAAUUUUGCUCUGAGUCAGAAGCUGCAGGACAAAACGUCCACCACCACAGAAGAUAUACGAUUUAAAGUGAAGGAGCCUCCUCUUCCUCUGUGAAUCCUGUGUGAGCGUCAGACGAGAAUCAAAAACCUGUUCAUCGUGUUAAUCUUAGAGAAUGGAUUACUGACACUUCUUGUUUUUCUGGAUUAGUGUUUGCGACACUUAGAGCAGGUGAAAUGGUUUAUUUUAGAAUUUAUAUUUUUCAAAUGAAAUGUAUAUUGAAAAUAAACAGAAAUGAACAGACA